GGCCGCCUCCGCACCACCGGCCGCCAUGGCUCGUAACGAGGAGAAGGCGCAGUCCAUGCUGAAUCGCUUCAUCACGAUGAAGCAGGAUGAGAAGCGCAAGCCCCGGGAGCGCCGGCCCUACCUCGCCUCCGAGUGCCGGGACCUCGCCGACGCCGACCGCUGGCGCGGCGAGAUCCUGCGCGAGAUCGGCGUCAAGGUCGCCGAGAUCCAGAACGAGGGCCUCGGCGAGCACCGCCUGCGGGACCUCAACGACGAGAUCAACAAGCUCCUCCGCGAGCGCGGCCACUGGGAGCGCCGCAUCCUCGAGCUCGGCGGCCGCGACUACUCCCGCAGCUCCAACGCCGCGCUCAUGACCGACCUCGACGGCAACAUCGUCGCCAUCCCCAACCCCUCCGGCCGCGGACCGGGCUACCGCUACUUCGGCGCGGCCAAGAAGCUCCCCGGCGUCCGCGAGCUGUUCGACAAGCCACCUGAGGUCCGCAAGCGCCGCACCCGCUACGAAAUCCACAAGCGCAUCAACGCCGGGUACUACGGAUACUAUGACGAUGAGGACGGCGUGCUUGAGCCCCUUGAGGCCGCUGCCGAGAAGCGCAUGAGGGACGAGGUUGUCACGGAGUGGCACCGUGUGGAGAAGGUGCGCCGGGAGGCCAUGAAGAAUGUGGUGAGUGGCGAGGUGGCUGCGGCAGGUGGGCGUGGUGGGGAGACUGCUAGGGAGGUGCUGAUUGAGGAGGUGGAGGAGGAGGUUGAGGAGGAGAGGAGGCUGGAGGAGGAGAAGAUGGAAAGGGAGAGGGGCGAAGAGGCUGGCAGGGAGUUUAUCGCGCAUGUGCCUCUUCCUGAUGAGAAGGAAAUCGAGCGGAUGGUGCUAGAGAAGAAGAAGAAGGAGCUGCUCAGCAAGUACACCAGCGAUACCCUGCAAGGCGAGCAGAAGGAGGCUAAGGAGAUGCUCAACGUGCAACGCUAGGAGAGAAGUUGAUUGCUGUCAAAUCCUUACCGUUCAUGGCUUUGAGACUCGGGCACUCAGUACUGAAGUGUGAGGUCUGUGCAGUGAUGUGCAAGCUUGGCGCAAUCCUAGAAGAUCUGAUGCAAAAAAAAAAAAGGAAAUGCUGAAACGCUCCCCUUCAAUCAUGUUGAUUGAUGUGAUGUUUAUUAGCUUAGAAUGGGUGAUAUCAAGUGUGUGAAGGCUAAACCUGAGGUUCUGGUGGUGCACUGAACAUGUAUGUGUUCGGUGACACUUGUGAUGUACAAGUACAACUGUACAACCAUUGUCUACAGCCACUGAUCUAUUUCUUAGAAAGUUCACUGAUACGAGAAGUUGGAUGUAAUCAUCUCGAGACCAUAUUGCAAGCUCUUCUGAGCAUUCAAAGUUUACAGAUGUAAUCAUCUAUUUUGUUACAGAAGUAAUUUUUGGCUGUGAAACGCUA